AUGAGCUGUUUUUCAUUUUGCAUGUCACAAGAGAGAAUCAAGAAAAAGCUAUCGAAGAAGAGCAUUCAAGAUCACAAGGACAACAAAUCCUUGGCCUCGUUUGCUAAUAUCUCCUACAAAUCAGAUAGCAGCAGGAGAAGGUAUAUAACAGAAGAAAUAGAAAAACUCGGAAAGGGGAAUAUUUCUUCUCAAAUAUUUACGUUUCAUGAGUUGAGUGUUGCUACUCAAGACUUCAACCCUGAGACUUUGAUAGGUGAAGGUGGUUUUGGGAGAGUGUACAAAGGUCACAUUGAAAGCAAAAAUACAGAUGUUGCAGUCAAGAAACUUGACAGAAAUGGUUUCCAAGGAAAUCGUGAAUUCCUUGUAGAAGUUCUGAUUUUGAGUCUUCUUCACCACCCUAACCUUGUUAAUUUAGUAGGAUAUUGUUCCGAUGGUGACCAGAGAAUAUUAGUCUACGAGUACAUGCCCAAUGGUUCACUCGAGGAUCAUCUCCUAAGUCAGUUGACUACGAAGUCAGACGUGUACAGUUUUGGGGUCGUGUUUUUGGAGUUGAUCACUGGUCGGAGAGUCAUUGACAAUUCAAGACCAAGUGAAGAGCAAAACUUAAUUACUUGGGUGCAACCUUUGUUCAAAGACAAGAAAAAGUUCCAUUUGAUAGCGGAUCCAUUGCUUGAGGGAAAUUACCCGGAAAAGGCACUCUGUCAAGCUCUUGCGGUUGCAGCCAUGUGUCUCCAAGAGGAAGCUUCUACGCGCCCUUUGAUCAGCGAUGUUGUAACUGCUCUAGAGUAUCUAUCCGUAGGCAAGGGCCAAGCUGAAAAUAAAGAAGAAGCACAAGAAUCAUCUACAGAAAAUACUGAAAAUAAUACACCAGAUGAUAAUUAG